AAACAAGACACUUGAGAAAAAACAAAAAACAGUGGGCCGAAUUGAUAGGACCCUGAGCCACAGAUUUACAGAUACGGCACCGCUGGAUCUGCGCUGCGCUUCUCUCUCUCUCUCAACGUGAUAACCGGGGGCCUUCUCUCUUCCUCAGCGUGUAAGAGUCAAACAAACUCUCUCCCUCCGUGUCGGUGCAUUUUGAGCACAAUCUCGACCACAAUUCUCGAUUAUUUCAAGCCACAUCACAUCUCUUAUUUAUUUACCUUCCUCUUCCCAUCAUCCUCUUCAUCAGCAUUUGCUACUCUCAAAGUUUUGGUUUGUAUGCCUCAGAUCUGAUCUCGUCUUGUGCUGUUAAAAAGAAAAAAAAAUUAAGGAAAAGAAUGUGGUCAUUGUGGUGAGUCUGUGUUAUUGUUAUUUCCUUCUCUGGUUCGAAUUGGGAGGCAUAUGUCGUUUUCUCGGCGGCGAAACGCGGCAUUGUUGCAGGCUUGGUUGUCGGUUGUCGGUCGUUGAUUGUUGAUUGUUUCUGACUCGGUGGUUUUCAGGCCUAAAUUUCACUCUUUGGAGUCUCAAGGCCUGAAGUUUUCUUUCUGAAAGAAGAGAUGAGUUUGGUCAGUAAUGGAAAGGGUAACCUGGAUUGUAAUGGUACAGUCAAACCCUUUAAGAUCUUUGUGGGUUAUGAUCCACGCGAAGAUCUAGCCUAUGAAGUCUGUUGCCAUUCACUUCUGAAACGAUCUUCAAUCCCCAUCGAGAUCACACCGAUAAAACAAUCUGAUCUGAGGAAGAGUGGGUUGUAUUGGCGCGAGAGAGGCCAAACUGAGAGCACUGAGUUCUCAUUUUCGCGCUUCUUGACACCAUACCUGGCGAACUAUGAGGGUUGGGCAAUGUUUGUAGAUUGUGAUUUCCUAUACUUGGGUGACAUUAAGGAGUUGCGGGAUUUGGUUGAUGAUAACUACGCGAUGAUGUGCGUUCAGCAUGAUUACACCCCCAAGGAGAAGACGAAAAUGGAUGGGGUCGUGCAGACAGUUUACCCUAGGAAGAACUGGUCUUCAAUGGUGUUGUAUAACUGUGGGCACCCAAAGAACAGGGUGUUGACCCCAGAUGUAGUGAAUUCUCAGACUGGUGCCUUCCUCCACAGGUUUCAGUGGCUCGAGGAUCAUGAAAUUGGGUCAAUUCCAUUUGUAUGGAACUUCCUCGUCGGGCAUAAUAAGGCCGAGGAGAAUGAUCCAUCAACAUUCCCUAAAGCCAUACAUUACACACUUGGGGGGCCAUGGUUUGAGGCUUGGAAGGACUGUGAGUUUGGGGACCUGUGGUUGAAUGAAAUGGAGGAGUACAAGAAGGAAGCAAACAAGAAAACCGAAAACUAAACCCAUGAUUUUGAUUAGAAAUUAUUCAGGUAUAUAGUAGCUAUAAUCAUAUGCUUUCAGAUUUGUUAUUUGUUUAGUAGAUAUGAUAUUGAUUUUAUGAAGUGUUGGGUAUUGUUGUUUCAAUAGUUAUUAACAGGGCAUUGCAGGCAUAUAUGUAUAUGCACAUGUAUGAUCUUGCCUUAUAUCUCUAAUGUUUCAGCAUUUGUUUCUUUCUUUAACAGCUUAAUUUCAAUAUUUGGGGUGUAAUAACUCUUGCUUUGUUAUAAAUUAUGAAAAAGUUAUUAUAUUAUCAGUA